CAGAGUCAGAAUACAUAUCUCCGGCAAUGGAAGUGCAAGUUCAAGGACUAUAUAAACUCACUGAUGGUCAGAGAAGCCCCUCCAGCCGACCGACUUUGCUCAGUCUGCAAGAAAGAUGGGGUGUAUAGAUGCCAUGGCUGUUUCAAUGAGCCACUCUUUUGCACAGACUGUUGCAGAAUUUGGCAUCAAAGACAUCCAUUCCAUCGCAUCAGUCAAUGGACCGGAUCAUUUUUUCAAGAAACUUCACUCAUUAAAGUUGGCCUGCACAUUCACCUCGCUCACGAUGGCACUCCAUGUCCCAGCAGCACUGAUUACUCAUCAGACUUCUUUGAAUGGUCAGAUACCGAUGACAAUAUAGACGACGAUUAUCCGGAGGGACCUUUCAUUCCACCGGUCAGAGACCCAGAUCAUCCGGCCAUAACUGUAGUAGACAAGUCCGGUGUUCACUCCCUUUCCAUAUGGUACUGUCACUGCCCUGGUGCUAUCAGCCGAGACAUGCAGCUGUUCCAGGCUGGCUUGUUCCCAGCAUCUUGUACCAGACCAAAAACUGCAUUCACAUUCUCUGUCUUGGAUGACUUUCUGUUAGACAAUCUCGAGUGCGGUACAUCGGCAAUGAAUUACUACAGCAAAAUUCGCAGACUAACCUCGAGCAUCUUUCCACUGAUGGUUCUGGAUCACUACAGAGAGCUCAUGAGAGCUGCCAGACAGUGGCGACAAUGCAAGCUUUACAAGUGGCAUGGAUUUGCCCACAAAGAUGACAAGCCAAAUGAAGGUGAUCUUGCCCUAUUUUGCCCUGCAUGUCCACAACCAGGGAUAAACUUGGACCUGUCUGCUGGUACAGUCGCCCAACCGGACGAUACCCCUUCCUGGCUAAUGACUAGGUAUUUGGUCAUGGAUGGAAAUUUCAAAGCUGAGCACAUGCAUCUGGUGAAUCCAUCGGAUGAAGUUUCAUUGAUGGAUGGUCUGGGGUUCAUGGUCUCCGAUGAACGAUACAAGAGUCAUUUGGCCAUUGCCCGAGACCAUGUCCAAAGGUCAGAUUGUAAUAAUCACCGGGCCGUCAAUCAAGCAAACACCUCCCGGCAAAGGCUGGAAGCCACCGGUAUAGGAGGAUGUGCAUGUGCGCGGCAUGGAUGUUUUGUCCCACAUUCCAUGGUGGAUUUUCAGAAAGGUGAAAGACAGAUGAACAUGGACUAUGCAUUAAGUCAAGCACUUAACUAUAAGACCAACGGAAUCUCUCGUGCCAUAACUUUCUAUGACAUAAAUUGUCAGUAUAACAAGUAUUUGAAGGACCGGAUCGAUUCUAGUAUGUAUCUUUCCAUCCCUGUCGGUAUGGAUAUCAUUCCCGGAAUCGGCUUGUGGCAUGUACAUGGACAUCAAGAUAGCUGCUAUGUCCGGUAUGCAUCAAAUUUUAUCCACGGGACUGGCAGGAUAGAUGGAGAGAUUAUGGAGACCCUCUGGGCGCCUCUGAACAUAAUCUCCCCAUCGGCCAGGGGUAUGGGAACUCCACAUCGCAAGGAGGUAUUGGAUUAUCAGAUGAAUGAUUGUAACUUCAUGAAAAUGAUUCGUAUAACUAAGUUUCUUGCCAGAAAGUUGAAAGAGGCCAUCAAGGGUUCUGCGGAGAGCAAACUUGCAUUCCAAAAUCUUAACGAGAUGGCUCAUCCUGACAUGGUCAUUCUUUGGGAGGCAGAGGAGACACUCGCUCAUGAGAACAGAGCCGAGGAUCCUACAGCUAUGGACAUUUAUGAGGUCCGAAAACAGCAGGAGUUGCGCCUGUUGCAGGCUCAAAAUUGCCCUGAACAUCCGGACAUCAACCCCCCCGGUCGACGAGGCGCUGCCACUUGGCUCGCCACUGGUCUCACCAUAGAGGAAUCCCAAAUCUCUCUCUCUAAGGAUGUCAAAAGGUUACGAAUGCACCCAACAGAUAUGCAAUUGCUGAGAGUGGCCCGAUGCUGGGAUAAACUUCACACUCAGAUCACAAGCUUUCUCGAGAUGGCACCUACCUAUCUUGGAGUUGAAGUCGAUGUCAAUGACCCGGAUUUUCCUUUGAAUAGUGUUCAUAAUUCACUCCAUGACGAUGGUGAAGAUUUCUCAGAUCUCGACGAUGAUCAAAAUCCUGAUCCAGACACACACGAUACUUCCAUAUUUCAACCGGAGCUCACUGUCAUACCUCUGCCAUCCAACAUUGGUGAGCUCAGGUGCAGGGAGUUAGGUCUCACCAAUCUCAUGAAAGAAGAAAUUGCCCUCCAUGAAGGCCAGGCCAAUGACGCACUCCAUGCUAUUAGAGUUCAUUUGGGAGAUAAAGCUGUUUUAUUCUGCAAUACUGUCCGGUCAGCCAAGUCACAGGCAUCAUCUACUAGGGCAUGGACUCGAGUUCGCUCGGUAGAGACUGCUGUGAAUCUCAAUGCCAGUAUCUAUUCAAAAUGCCAGUCGCAACUGGCCAAACUCUCUGACCACGACCUCUUGAAGAAAUACAUUCCUUUGAAGAAAGAUGACCUCAAAGCCAGCUCUGCAGUGGCUGAUCCAAAUGCACGUGGUCAGAGGGACACCACUCUGUCAUGGUUCUGGUCUUUGGAUUGUCUGGUGCUUCCGGAUAUAUCUGGUCGUCCGGUCCCACAUGUUCUCAUAAUAGUUUACCGGGUUAAUUGGCUCCGGACAAAAGCACUGCGUGAUCGAUGGAGUGAAGAGCUUAUUCUGGUCAAACAUGAAAUGCAGUGGUCAAUCAAUUUUUUUGACCGCAGAGCGAAGCAAUGGCUCAGUCACAUGCACAAUGCUACUUCUGCAGGGCUCACCGGACACACAUGUUAUGCUGCACGACAAUCCCACAUAUAUCACCAACUAGCAGCACAUGCAGAGAAUGCUUUUCGGACAAUGAUCGAUCAGCUAGAUAUACCGGUUCAGAUAGUUGGUGGUACCGGUUGA